AUGGAAGGCGGGCCGAUGCUGUCGGAUGACAGUUCCGAAGAAGACGAGCCCAUCUCCGUACCGACACAGCAUGCAGUGACCCAUGGAGAUGUCGACAUGGGUGGUGGUGGUGGGCUGGAUGACGAUAACGAAGACGACGCGUCAGCUGCAGACGACCCGACAGUGGGCAAACAUCCCAAGCUGCGGCGACUGUAUGCCGCGGCGCGCAAAGAGCCAUGGAACAUUGACGCGUGGUUAAACUUCAUUUACGAAGUGCAGCAGAGCUUCCAGCACGUGGAGGAAGCCCGACCGUUCUACGUCAUAUUCCUGGAGCAAUUCCCCACUUCGGCGUAUUGGUGGAAGCAAUACGCAGACCACGAAUGGCGCGCGAACCAGCUGGAGAACGUCCGGGAGAUCUUCAACAAGGCAUUGCACGAACUCAAGCUGCCGCAUGUCGACCUCUGGUCGUUCUACCUCCAGUUCACCAAGAGCACAGUCAUGGACGUGUUAACCGACGCCAGUUCCCCCGAGGACAAGAAGCGCGCGCGUCAGACGAUGGCGGAAGCGUUCGAGACGGCGCUGGACCGCGUCGGCAUGUCGAUCCAUUCCAAUGGGAUUUGGACACAAUACCUCCAUUUUCUCAAAGACGACAAGGAACCGACGGCGAUCUUCUCAAUCCGCAAAGUGUUUCAGCGCGCACUGUCCAUCCCCAUUUUCCAUCUGGACACGCUCUGGAAAGAGUACGAGCAGUUCGAAAAGGCCAUCCCGAACAACGAAGUGUUGGCUCAAAACGUAUUCAAGGUCCUCCGACCCAAAGUCGACGCCGCCAAAGCCAUCUUCAAGGACCGGAAGGCGCUCGUGGACCCGCUAGACCUGGACGCACUCCCGUCGCACACCAACACCAACCCCCAGAUUGAUGCUUGGAACAAAUGGAUCGAGUUUGAACUGGCCAACCCUGAGCGCGUGGAGCGACCCAAAUGGAAGGCCAAGGUCCGGUACGCCCUGGAAUCGUGCCUCGCAUGCCGCCGGUUCUCGGCCGAAGUCUGGUUCCAGUACGCCAUGCUCGAGCUGCCGGACGUGGCCGCCGCGUCCGCCGUCUUCCGCCUCGCGGUGGCCGCGAUGCCCCAGUCUUGUCUUGUACGCUUUGCCUUCGCCGAUCACUUGGAAACCCACGCGCUCGUGGAUGACGCUCGCGCCGUCUACGAAGCCGCCCUCGAAGCGCAUCCUUCCGCCAUCACGUACAUCACGUACAUGCGGUUUGCACGACGGGCAUUUGGCAACAAGGGGUUGGAUGCAUCGCGACUGAUUUUCAAGCGCGCGCGGCGGGAUGCCCGGGAAGGCGCAUGCACAUUCCACGUGUACACUGCCGCCGCGCUGCUGGAGUUCCACGGCGGCAUCGGCGACGACGGCAAGCAGAUUGCGCUCAAUAUCUUCGAAUUGGGACUCAAGAAAUUCAUCCACGAGCCCGAGUUUGUGCUGUCGUACGUCGACUUUCUUGGCCACACCAACGACGACAACAACAUGCGGUCGUUGUUUGAAAAAGUGUUGAGCGUGAUGCCGCCGGCCGUGUCCAAGCCUGUUUGGGACCGGUUCAUCCGGUUCGAACAGACCAUGGCGACUAACGGCGGCGACCUCACGAGUGUGAUCCGGCUGGAGCAGCGGCGCGCCGCGGCCCUGCCCGACGACUCGACGACCAAGGGGUUGCUCGGCCUCGUGGAUCGUUAUGUGUGGAUGCACCUGCUCCAAGACUCCAAGUCGGACGCCCUCUUCUUCGCCACGUAUGGCACGUUGGCCGCGUCCCCCGCUGGUGCGUCCGACACGUCGGCCCCCCAACCCCCCCCCGCACCCCAAGCUUCGUCCGGCUCCAUCAAGUCGUCGCUUCUCAAGUCGUCUGACAUGGUCUACCACGGCCCUCCCCUUCCCGAGUUUCUCAAGGCAUUUGCAGCGCAACUCCCACUUGGUGUCACGUGGAACGGCCCGGUGGCAGACCCAGACAUGGUGUUCCAAGCGCUAUGUCGGGCGGACUUUCCAUUGCGAGAAGACGUCGAGCGGCUGGAUGCGAUGGAUGGGGGCGAAGCCAACGCACCGGUCGUGACCAAGCGACCGACCCACGACGUGUUUCGAGACCGACAAAAGCAACGCCUGGCCAAGUUAAGUUAA